CCAUCUCUCUCUCUCUCUCUCUCUCUCUCUCUCUCUCUCUCUCUCUCUCCUUUUUCCUCGUUUACAUCAAUCACUCUCUCUCUCUCUCUCUCUCUCUCUCUCUCUGUAUUUCCAUACAUAGAUAUUUGGUGUUUGGUUGUAGGAAAGUAGGGAUGAGGAUUUCGAAGCGGAGCGAUUGAGAUGCGAAUGUUGGUGUAUGAGAAAGGAGGGUAGGGUUCAAAUGCUCGGAUCUGCUGGUGGUCAUAUGGCCUCCAGCUUGAAGAAUUCAGAAAAUUUAUUUGAAAUCCUAUGUUGUUUAAGUCUAAGAACUACUCUUAGAUUGAAAAUGCCUUUUACGGGGUAAGAAGUGGGAGCGAAAUGGUUUUAGAUUCCAUUUAUUUAAAGACAUGGAGGAGACAAGAGAUGGUGCUGGGCCAGCAGAGCAAGGGCCUUCAAAUGCUUCAUGGUGGUCUUCAGAUUUCAUGGAAAGAUUUGGGUCUGUUUCGUUGUUCUCUCAAGAAGAGACCAUAAGUAAUACAGAAUCACCUAGAAGUUUUGAGGAAGAUCGGUUGUCACCUCAGAGAGCAUCUCAAAUUCUAUGGCGUACGGGAAUGCUUUUUGAACCGAUACCAAAUGGUUUCUAUUCUGUCAUUCCGGAGAAAAGGCUGAAGGAGCUUUUUGAUGCUAUUCCUACUAUGGAUGAGUUACAUGCUUUGGAGGCAGAGGGUUUCAGAGCUGAUAUCAUUCUUGUAGAUAGCGAAAGAGAUAAAAAGCUAUCUAUGCUGAAGCAGCUGAUUGUGGCACUGGUGAAAGGGCUGAACUCAAAUCCAGCUGCAAUGAUAAAAAAGAUUGCCGGAUUGGUCUCUGAUUUUUAUAAACGGCCAAAUUUGGAAAGUCCAGCAAAAGCUGCACUAGAAGAAACCUCCCACAUGUUUGAGAAUCAAGGUGUUCAGAUGCUGGGGCAAAUAAGGCAUGGUUCAUGCCGUCCUAGAGCAAUCUUAUUUAAAGUUCUAGCAGAUACCGUAGGUCUUGAAAGUAGGCUCAUGGUGGGUUUGCCUAAUGAAGGGGUCAUUGAGUGUGUAGACUCAUAUAAGCAUAUGUCUGUGAUAGUAGUGUUGAAUUCUGUGGAACUAUUGGUCGAUCUUAUGCGGUUUCCUGGCCAGCUGCUGCCCCGAUCAACCAAGGCAAUUUUUAUGACCCAUAUUUCAGCAGCAGGGGAGAGUGAUUCUGCAGAAAAUGACUCCUGUGAUUCACCGCUAGAACCAAAUAGUCCUCUUUAUGGGUUUCCUGAGAGAGUAGAUCCUGACAGUGCUGAAAAAGAUGAUAGCCUUCAGUUCCAUAGGAAAUUUGAAGCAUCAUCAAAUGUUUCUGGUCCUUCUUUGCGAAAUAUGAUGCUGCGAUCAAGUACCACUAUUGAAAGGAAAUUGAGUUUCUCACACAGUGAACCCAACAUUGCAAAUACAUGUUGGCGACGUAACCGGAAAAAGGCCAUUGCUGAACAGCGAACAGCUAGUUCCAGUCCAGAGCAUCCUUCGUUUCGAGCACGUGGACGGUCUAUGCUUAGUGGUGAUAGAAAAUCCUUCAGAGAUUUUUCUGAUGACGUGGCCUCAUCAAGCUACAGGUCUGAUGGUGCAUCAACAUCAGAAGCUCGUAGACUCAGAAGAAGAAGUAUUAGCAUUACUCCGGAGAUUGGUGAUGAUAUCGUAAGGGCUGUACGUGCAAUGAAUGAAACAUUGAAGCAAAAUCGUCUUUUGAGAGAGCAAGGCGAUGACAGGUCUUUCUCCCCUUCUUCAAAUGACAGAAAUUCAGAUCUUCAGAAAGAUGUAUCCAGUUUCCAUCUUGAUGGUCAUCAUGACAUAUCAGGUGCUUUAUAUUCUCUUCCUCGAGACCAGAUAAGUUCACAAAAGGCGAUGUCAUUACCCUCGUCUCCACAUGAAUAUAGAAGACAAACUUCUGAGAGAAGCGGACCUCCAGGCUACGUUGGAAAUGAUGAAUUGGUCUCAACAUGGAAUAAAGUUCUUGAAUCUCCCAUGUUUCAAAAAAAACCUCUAUUACCUUAUGAAGAAUGGAGUAUCGAUUUCUCGGAAUUGACAGUUCGAACUCGUGUUGGGAUUGGUUUCUUUGGAGAAGUUUUUCGAGGCAUAUGGAAUGGAACAGAGGUUGCGAUUAAGGUUUUUCUAGAGCAAGAUUUGACUGCUGAAAACAUGGAGGACUUCUGCAAUGAGAUAUCCAUUCUCAGCCGACUUCGACAUCCUAAUGUUAUUUUAUUUCUUGGUGCAUGCACGAAGCCUCCACGCUUGUCAAUGGUUACUGAAUACAUGGAAAUGGGAUCCUUGUUUUAUCUUAUUCACUUGAGUGGUCAGAAGAAGAAGCUUAGCUGGCGGAGGAGAUUAAAAAUGCUGCGUGAUAUUUGCAGGGGUUUGAUGUGCAUACAUCGGAUGAAGAUUGUUCAUUGUGAUCUAAAAAGUGCAAACUGCCUUGUGAACAAGCAUUGGACUGUUAAGAUCUGUGAUUUUGGGCUCUCGAGAAUAAUGACAGAAUCACCCAUGAGAGACUCUUCAUCUGCAGGAACCCCGGAAUGGAUGGCUCCUGAACUUGUUCGAAAUGAACCCUUCACCGAGAAAUGUGAUAUUUUUAGCCUGGGGGUGGUAAUGUGGGAGCUCUGCACUCUAAGUAGGCCAUGGGAAGGGGUACCACCAGAGAGGGUAGUUUAUGCUGUUGCUAAUGAGGGUUCCCGGCUGGAGAUUCCUGAAGGUCCACUGGGCAGGCUAAUUUCAGAUUGUUGGGCAGAACCGCAUGAACGUCCUAGCUGUGAGGAAAUACUUUCCCGUUUGCUCGACUGCGAGUACUCACCCUGCUGACGCACCCUGUUGUUUGUUUGUGAAUAGAAAAAAAAAAAAAAAAAAAAAAAAAAACAUGGUAGAGGUGUUACAUUGUGUUCCCGGCUUAAUUUGUAAACCUUAAUGAUUUUUCCGGUCACUGUGAUAACAUGAGAUUGUGCAUUUUCCAUUUUUGACUGGCUCAAAUUCAUCUUUUUUGUGCAAUCAAACCCAGAUCAGAUUAUGUUCUGCGUAUGAA